AUGACUGCAACAAGUUUUAUCACAAUGGAGAAAACGGGCGUCUUUUGCCGCAAUAACAGUGCGAAGACUGAACCCUCACAACCUAUUUUACACUGCAACGGCUGUGGUGUCUCUUACUGUGCUUCAACUAUGAGAUCUAUUGUUCAAUCUUUUAUUCCUGAUUCUUCAUAUCUGUUUUCAACUGAAGCGAUCAUCAAAACGUUCAGACACAGUCAGGAAACUCCCAAAUCGUACACUGAGUCAAUCCCACAAAAACAUCCAACCUCUAUUAGCUAUGGCCCGACGAACUUGCCGCUACCAGAUCAGAAAUCGUGCGUUUUUCGUGCCACUACUAUUCAACUCCAUGAUCAAUUAAAUAAGGAGCACUUAUCCUCCAGUGCACUCACAGACACCUUGGCUGCAAACAAUCAACCCUUGCUUGACUCCUCCGAGCUCACCACCGUUCCCAUGCCUUGGAGUGACCCUAAACAGAUUCGUCGUCUUAAGGGUAGCUUAUUGCAGCAACAACAUCAAACACAUUAA